CACCGAUGCUGUACCAAGACCGCGGGGAGUCGCACUCUAUGGAGAAGCGUAUUCGCACAGUCAACGGAAAGCCUGACUUCUGCGUGGAAGAGCGGGGUGAUGAACAGACAGCAGAGGACUGAUGGGUUGUCAUAAAGGAUGGCUUAGACGGAGACUGAGAGAAGGUAACAGCUCUGAUUCCUCGCAUUGUACUCAGUCUUGCCCCCAUUAUUCCCAGACUACAUACCAGCAAUGAGCGGCAAAUACCACAUCAAAAACGCAACUGUCCUUUCCAUCGACCCGUCUUUGGGCACGAUCCAGAACUGCGAUGUUCUCAUCGACGACCAUAUCAUUACCGACGUCGGCCCCAAUCUCACACCGACAGCGUCAGAGCAAUACACUGUCAUUGACGCCACCAACGCUAUAGUCUCCCCAGGGUUCGUCGAUACCCAUCGACACACCUGGCAGACCCAAUUGCGCACCAUCUGCUCCGAUCAUGUCCUAGGUGAAUACUUCCUCCACAUCCGCAGCAUCUAUGGCUCCUGCUACUCCGACCGAGACGCGUACUUGGGGAACUACUGCGGCGCUCUGGAAAGCAUUGACAAUGGUAUCACCUUUCUGAUUGAUCACUCGCAUAUUAUGAACUCCCCAGACCAUGCCAAUGCUGCCGUACAAGGACUAAGGGAUGCGAAGAUCCGUGCGGUUUUCUGCUAUGGAUUAUAUGCCAAUCCUGCCUGGCCGGGCUCGUGCAUGGACCCUGACCGAGAGACUAAGACGCCUGAAUGGAGAUUUGAGGAUGCGAAGCGCGUGAGGGAGACGCUGUUCAAGUUGAACCAGCCGACAGACUUGGUUCGGUUUGGCUUCGCACCGGCGGAAAUCGAACGCGUCGGUAUUGAUGAUGCUGUCAAGGAAGUCGAGUAUGGCCGAUCAUUGGGUUCGGCGAUCAUCACCGGCCAUGUGUCGAUGGGCAAGUACGAUCGCGGCUUACACUUAGUUCGGCACUUUGAAGAGCGCAGUCUCCUUGCACCAGACCUACUGUUCAGCCAUUGUGCUAGUUUACACGACGACGAGCUUGAGGCUGUUUGCAAGCGUGGUGUCUCCCUCUCCAGCACGCCAGACACAGAGUUACAGAUGGGAAUGGGCCAUCCUGUCGCCUUCAAGGCAAAAGGCAAAGGGUGUACCGCCAGCAUUGGCGUCGACGUGGUCUCGAACAACCCGGCCGACAUGUUUCAGCAGAUGCGGUUGCUGCUUCAGGCUCAACGACACCUUGAACAUUACGCGCAAGCUGGCCCACCGUGGAGCAUCUCCAGAGGUUGCGCCGAGGUUUUGGAGAUGGCCACCAUGGGCGGCGCAAAGGCUGUGGGACUGAAAGAUGUGAUUGGCAGCAUCACGCCAGGCAAAAGGGCUGACUUGAUCAUCACCCGAUGCGACUCGACCAGGAUGACGCCGGUGCAUGACCCUGUCGCCGCGCUGGUUCUCUACGCGAACGCCUCAGACAUCGACACCGUAUUUAUCGACGGCGAAAUGGUCAAACACAAGGGCCAACUGGUCGGCGUAGACUGGCCCACUGUCCGCAGCGAGCUCAGGGAGUCGGCGGCUAACAUCAUCCAGCGGUCCAAGAAGGCCCCCUUCGAGCAGAUCAAGGAAGCUGUCAUUGCGACCAUGAAAGCCUUUGCCGGCAACGCCUGAGAAAGUGAUAAGGGAAAGGCUUUGCUCUGCCACACACACACGUACGUGCCGAGAUGUGGGAACUUGUAAUGAUGACGAGGCCUUUGCGGGUCCCAAGCGACGUGUCGGAUUGUUAUCUCAUCUCAUAGCCUCGACGAUGGAGAAUUUGGUAGCUGAUGCAAUCAAAUACCGAGUACUCCUUUCGUGGAGGUUGUCAGCUGAAUCCAGUGGUUGUAUCAGGGGCCUGAGCCGCAAAAAGAGACUCGCUGUCUGAAAAUAAUGUGAUUCACUUGAAACCCGUUCAAUG